GCGCAACCUUAAAGCUAUCAAGUAGCCUUCAAUAAGCUUCUUAUAUGAAGAAACGACUGCGAACAACAAACCAACUUCUUCUUAACUUUGAUUUUCUUGAUGAUUGCACAUACCAUGAGGGAAUCCCGCUUAUGAGAAUUGCUUUCCUAGCUCUGAGAACCUAACAUCAUGCCAAGAAACAACUACCGAUAAUACGUCCAAAGCUCAUAAAAGCACUUCAAUGAGUGAACCCAGGACCAUCGGCUUACAACAUGGAAGAACUUCUCACUCCAGUGAGUCAGACUUACCGGAAACCGACUAACAAUGAUGGAAUACUAGAAAUCUCGAAGCCGGUCAAAACAAUCGCAUCCGCGGAGAUUAACUUUCGAGGUUCAUCACCAGACGAAGCUCUGGAGGCCCUCAAAAGCCAACCAAGCUACGAUUCUCUUAUUUCUAUACUGAAGUACUUUAAAAAAGGCAUAGACGGCAACCAUGCCUUUAACAUCCGAAACCCCAGCCCACAAGCUGCUCAAAUUAUACACAUAUUAGUCACAGAGAUCGUCCCGAACUAUUGGACCGUACUGAAGGAUGCAUCCACCGAGCAGAGUAAAGGGGAUGUCCAUCUGCUCAUCUCUUCCUUGCAGAGCAUCACUGGCAUCAAUGCUAUGUUAGCAUUCUUACGUGCUCUCUUGAAGGAAGCGAAAUCAGACCUUAAAUCUCUGAAGGACUCUUACACUCACUUCGGCCUCAUUCAUAUGCUAGAAUUACUGUCUAAAAUCCUCCAAUCCGAUGAUGACAUAAAACAUAUUUGGGAUAGUAUCAGCUCCUUACCUAAUCAGGUUCAUGUUCGUUCUAUGCGCCAAGAGUUCGUAUCGUUAUUUACGAGCGGAAAAGUCGUUUCGCUAUCUGCAGAGGCCGAGGACGUCUGCCGGCAAGCCGGGCAACUGAAGAAUGAUAUUUGGCUCAGUAAUACCAAGUCAUAUAUCGACUGGGUUGCCCGAAAUAUUGUACGGUGGGUUCGGUCAGGGGUCAAUGAAGAUGACCUCAAGCUAUGUGCCGAGAUGUCAACGCGAGCAAUGCGAUUAGGGAACCCAGAAAUCUUUGUCAAUAAAUUGAUUACGGAUCUACUUCUUCAAGACGUUGAUAACCAGACCCUAUUUGAGAGAUUGUUAGGAUUCUUCCAACCUCUUGAACAGCGCAAGAUACUUAGUUUGAUCCUUAAGCUGCUCGCCGAUAAAUAUCUGAAUAUUAUUGAUGAUAGCGAUGCGACGAAAGAUACUGCUGUCAUCUCCGCCGCAUCUGGUGUUUUAAAGGCAGUCGUAGGAAAUGACGAGGCACGGAAGAACAAUCUCAUUAAUUGGUUAACUAGCGGAUCUGGUGCCGGAAUCGGUGAAGGGUGUGGAAUUAGACGAGCUGCCGUCGCCGUCUUUUCCGAUGACAGGGAGUCCAUGGUAGCUAUCCUAGAGAAAUGUUUAAGUCAAUUCGGCGACAAAUUAUACAUCAAACAUGCACCGUUGCUACAACAAGAUGCACACGCCCAAGUACUCCUUCUCAGUGCCGGAUACGUCCACAGGCUCGCGCCAAUCAAGCUUACCAUGUUAUCACGAUCAAGCUCCUAUUUAAAUGCAAUUUCUAAUCGGAUUUCUGCAUCUCAAAAUCGCGCUCGUUUUCUGGGCAUGGUGGUUGGUGAGGCGCUAUCGGGACUCGUACACGGCAAAGAGACAAAGCUUGAUUUCAAGAUGGAUGAGAUGGACACAGAAGAAGCAAGAUGGUACAAAUCUCUGGUCCAGGUAUCUGAUAAAGUUGGCCCUCUGGAUCUACUGAGAGAAUCUAUCGCCUCGCCAAAACCUGCUAGCAAACCUAAGCCAGCAAGAACCCCAGCAACCCCAUCCCAGGGACCUGGGAAACAACCCGCCCAAUCAGGUUUUAUUAUUGAAGAGAUCGAGGAUGACGAUGAAGGCGAAGAUCCGGACCUAGUACCAUAUGCGAAGCCAGAUUCUGACGCCGAGGACUCUGAUGAUGACCCUACGCUCAUCAAUCGCGAUAAGCCAAAGGCUCCGGUUUACAUCCGAGACCUUAUUUCCUAUUUUAGAGACACGGAGAACUAUGAUAAGCAGAAAUUGGCAUUGACGACGGCUCCUACGUUAAUACGUAGAAAAGCCAACUACGGCACCGAGGUUAGUUCGCAUGCAGACGAACUAGCUACUCUUCUUGUCGGCCUACAAGAUAAAUAUGAGCUUGAAAAUUUUGACGAGCUACGUCAACAAGGCAUGAUUGCCAUUGUAGUCGCCCAGCCAAAGAAGAUGGGGCAGUGGUUUGCGAAGACAUUCUUCGAUGGCGAUUACUCACUAUCUCAGCGAGCAUCUAUUCUCAUUGUACUUGGUCUCAGCGGCAGAGAAAUAGCAGGUUUCGAAACAUCCAAGUACACUUCAGCCGCAAAAUUUCCCUCCAAGAUGCUCCCAUCUAAAGUCGAGAAGCACUAUACUACGACUUCACCCUCGAAUAGGCUCGAGUCUUCAGCGACCAAUCUCAAGGCACUCCCCUCAAAUGCGCUAGACAACCUAGCUCAAACCCUCUCGCGGACUUUCCUCGCACCGCUAGCCGCAGAAGCAGCCGACGCAGAAACAGGACCAGACGCGCUGAAGCUCUCGUCAUUUACCUCACGCCUAAACUCGCAAUCCUCCAAUAGUACAAGAGGCAUAACAAGACCACGCAUGCGCGCCAUACCCAACACAACAGCCUCACUAAUCGCAUCAUCGUUCUUCUUCCCCUUAACCUCGCGUUUCCAAGCCGCGAUGCACUCCGCGUCCGCAACCACGCGGGGCAUCCUCUUCCAGCCAUACCUCCUAACCCUCUACCUCAAGACCCUCGCGCUCCUCCUCCACGCCGCCGGGCCCAGCACCCUCGCCCUACCCCAAAUGACGGCCGAGUUCUGGGACCUGCUCCUCGGGGUCCGCGGCCAGUGCGCGGGCGAUCUAGGCGUUACGCAGGCCGUGUUAUUCGGGCUCAUGGCCCUGCUCGACGUGAACGAGGGCGACAUGCGGGGUCUCUGCGAGAGGCACGGCCGCGAGGCCGUCGAGAGCGUGGAGUGGGUCGGCGCCGUGUUUAGUAACACGCGCGGUGGCGAUGUUGGGGUCGCCGGCGAGGGCGGAGAGGAGAACGAGGUCAAGAUGCUGGCUGCGGGCGUGCUGAUCAGACUUCGCGAGGCGGUGGAUAAGUAUCAGGCUGUGCUGAUGGGGGAUCUGAUUGGAUUUACGUAGAUUGGUAGAUAGAUAGAAGAUGCUGUUGGAGAGAUAUCGGUAUAUUUGUUGAGUUGUUCGUAGCUUACCGCAUCAACCAAUCUCAAUUUGCAAUCUUU